GUGUGGGAGUGGGAGGCCACCAUCGUAGUUUGUUUACGUGGAGAUUUUGUAUUAGUUAAAAUCAAUGUGGAAUCAGUUUUUUCAGCGGCUGAAUCGCUCUUCAUAAUCAUCUCUAUUUAUUUGAGUUUGACUGUUUCCUUAGAAAGGAGGAAUGAUUUAGUAAUAGCUGAGGAUUCUGGGCUUUGAUUAAUUUAUUUAUUUCUACUCUGUUGAUAAGAAGUUGUUUAUCCAUUAAUGGGGUUCUGAUUUCUUAUGUGUAAAAUGUAAAAAAGUGAAAACUUUUGGCUCAGUUUAACAACUAUUUGGCAUUGUAAGAAAAAGGAAAUAUUGUCAGUGACGUUGAAUUUCAAUGGGGAGAGGAGGGGAAAACUAUGGUAAGAGAGAAAAUGCAGGUGCUGCCUCUUCCAAGCAAGAAACUUUUCCAGCUUGGGCAAGAGAUGUGAAACAAUGUGAAGAGAAGUACCAAGUGAAUCGAGAAUUGGGAUUACCAAGUGCUGAAGUUGAAAAAAGGAGGCAGAUUUAUGGAUUGAACGAGUUACUGAAACACGAGCCGACAUCGAUUUUUCAACUGCUUUUGGAGCAAUUUAAUGACACAUUAGUUAGGAUACUGUUGGCUGCUGCAAUCAUAUCUUUUGUUUUAGCUUGGUAUGAUGGUGAAGGAAGAGGGGAGAAGGAGAUAACAGCUUUUGUGGAGCCACUUGUUAUUUUCUUGAUCUUGAUAGUGAACGCCAUUGUGGGAAUAUGGCAAGAAAGUAGCGCGGAAAAAGCAUUGGAGGCUUUGAAGGAAAUUCAAUCGGAGCAUGCCGAUGUAAUUCGAGAUGGUAAGAAGGUCUCAAGUUUGCCUGCCAAGGAACUUGUCCCCGGAGAUAUUGUGGAAUUGAGGGUUGGUGAUAAGGUACCAGCGGAUAUGCGGGUUUUGAGUUUGAUAAGCUCAACUGUAAGAGUUGAACAGGGGUCAUUGACCGGGGAGAGCGAAGCUGUAAGCAAGACUGCGAAGGUUGUUCCUGAGAAUUCGGAUAUUCAAGGGAAGAAAUGUAUGGUCUUUGCAGGAACAACUAUGGUCAAUGGCAACUGUAUCUGCUUGGUCACUGAGAUAGGCAUGAAUACAGAGAUUGGAAAGGUGCAUUCACAGAUUCAUGAAGCAUCACAGAGCGAUACAGAUACCCCAUUAAAGAAGAAAUUGAAUGAGUUUGGCGAGGUUUUAACAUUGAUAAUCGGAAUGAUUUGUAUAUUGGUUUGGCUUAUUAAUGUGAAAUACUUUCUUUCUUGGGAAUACGUUGAUGGUUGGCCAACAAACUUUAAGUUCUCAUUUGAGAAGUGCACAUAUUACUUCGAAAUUGCGGUGGCAUUGGCUGUUGCUGCAAUUCCAGAAGGUUUACCAGCAGUUAUUACGACAUGUUUAGCACUGGGAACCCGAAAGAUGGCUCAAAAGAACGCACUUGUCCGGAAGCUGCCUAGUGUAGAGACUCUUGGUUGCACAACUGUUAUCUGUUCUGAUAAGACAGGAACCUUGACUACCAAUCAGAUGGCUGUUUCGAAGCUUGUUGCUAUAGGUUCAAGGUCGGGCACUCUGCGAUCUUUUGAUGUGGAAGGGACUACAUAUGAUCCUUUUGAUGGGAAAAUACUGGGAUGGCCUGUUGAUGGAAUGGAUGCCAAUCUUGAAAUGAUUGCCAAGAUUUCUGCUGUUUGCAAUGAUGCUGGUGUUGAGCAAUCUGGGAGGCAUUAUGUUGCCAUUGGAAUGCCUACAGAAGCAGCACUAAAGGUUUUGGUUGAGAAAAUGGAACUUCCUGAAAAGUACGCUUCCUCUUCAGCUCCUGGGGAUCCUCGACGCUGUUGUCAAGUGUGGAACAAAAUGGUGCAAAGGAUUGCUACACUCGAGUUUGACCGUGAUCGGAAGUCCAUGGGAGUUAUUAUCAAUUCCAGCUCAGGAAACAAGUCAUUGCUAGUAAAGGGUGCUGUAGAGAAUCUAUUGGAGAGAAGCUCUUUUAUCCAGUUACUUGAUGGCUCUACCGUAGAACUAGAUAAAUAUUCGAAGGAUCUUAUUUUACAGGUUCUUCGUGAAAUGUCCACCGAUGCAUUACGUUGCCUUGGUUUCGCAUAUAAGGAGGAGCUUCCGGAAUUUGCAACAUACAACAGUGAUGAAGAUCAUCCAGCUCAUCAGCUUUUGCUAAACCCCUCCAAUUAUUCUUCUAUUGAGAGUAACCUUAUUUUUGUUGGUUUAGUUGGGUUAAGGGAUCCUCCUCGGAAAGAGGUUCGUCAAGCAAUUGAAGACUGCAAAGCAGCUGGGAUUCGUGUUAUGGUCAUUACAGGAGACAAUAAGAACACAGCGGAAGCUAUUUGUCGCGAAAUUGGUGUAUUCGGAUAUCGUGAAGAUAUCACUUCCAGGAGCUUAACGGGGAAGGAGUUUAUGGAUCAUCCUGAUCAGAGAAAUCACCUGAGACAGAAUGGAGGUCUAUUAUUUUCUCGAGCUGAGCCAAGGCACAAGCAGGAAAUAGUGAGGUUGCUGAAGCAGGAUGGUGAAGUGGUUGCAAUGACUGGGGAUGGAGUUAAUGAUGCUCCUGCCUUAAAGUUGGCUGAUAUUGGAGUAGCAAUGGGCAUCACCGGGACAGAGGUUGCUAAGGAGGCCUCUGACAUGGUGCUAGCAGAUGAUAACUUCAGCACUAUAGUUGCUGCAGUUGGUGAAGGCAGAUCCAUUUACGACAAUAUGAAGGCUUUUAUAAGGUACAUGAUCUCCUCCAACAUUGGUGAGGUUGCUUCCAUAUUCUUAACAGCUGCUUUGGGUAUUCCAGAAGGCAUGAUCCCAGUUCAACUUCUCUGGGUUAAUCUUGUUACUGAUGGACCUCCAGCAACUGCUCUUGGAUUCAAUCCCCAAGACACAGAUAUAAUGAAGAAGCCUCCCAGAAGAAGCAAUGACUCAUUAAUCACUGCUUGGAUCUUAUUCCGCUACCUGGUGAUUGGGUCCUAUGUCGGGUUGGCCACGGUUGGGGUAUUCAUCAUAUGGUACACACACAAUACCUUCAUGGGCAUUGAUCUUAGUGGAGAUGGCCAUAGUCUGGUUACUUACUCUCAACUUUCCAACUGGGAUAAAUGCCCUUCCUGGGUAAAUUUCACAGCAUCUCCGUUCACAGCCGGUCCCCAAGUAUUCAAAUUCAAUACAAACCCCUGCGACUACUUUAGAUCCGGGAAAAUCAAAGCCUCAACACUUUCCCUCUCCGUCUUGGUCUCUAUUGAGAUGCUCAAUUCCCUUAACGCCCUCUCUGAAGAUGGAAGCUUAUUGACAAUGCCUCCUUGGGUCAAUCCAUGGCUCCUUUUGGCCAUGUCAAUUUCAUUCGGACUCCAUUUCUUGAUUCUCUACGUGCCAUUCCUUGCUCAAGUGUUUGGGAUUGUUCCCCUCAGCCUCAACGAAUGGUUGCUGGUAUUGGCAGUUGCUUUUCCAGUCGUUCUGAUCGACGAGGUUCUCAAAUGCAUUGGAAGAUGCACAACCGGGCCGUGGUAUUCUCCUGCAACUAUAUCUAUAAAGCAUAAAGCUGAAUGAUUAUACAGUAAUUGUAUUAACAUUUAGAGGAUCAAGAUUAGAACUUCCGUGGAUGCUCAAUGUGCAGCAUGCUUCCCAUCAUUGACCUAUAGUGACCUAUAUGCUAUAGGCUAUGGGGUCAAAUUAAACUAUAGGCAAACUAUCAGCUUGUCAUGGUUCCGUAGUGCUAUCUGUUGGGUGUCAAAGUGUUCUUUGUGAACUCAACAAUAUUAGACAACAUCCUACUAGUGUGGUGUAACCUCAGUCUGUUAACUCGUAAGCUCUUGAUAAAGCCAAAGCAGAUCAACAAUUUUAAUUCUCCGA